AUAUUAAAAACAGUAUUUAAAACCUCCAUCACGAGAUGGCAUCGGAAGACAGGGAACGAGAAACGACUCGAACAAAUUAAAUUUGGCUUUUGGAAGCAUAAAUUACGAUAUGCAAACGCGCCUGACCUAAUCGCGUCUCCGCUCCAACCCACCGAAUUAUUUCUGCGGAUUCUGUCAUCGGUUUUGUGUGCAUCGCACCGCACAUCACCGAUCCCAAUGUAUUAGUUGGGUUCAAGUUGUUGUACGACUCAGUGGCACAAUAUUGCAAUACCAAUUCCUGGUACAGUGAGUUGUGUGGCACCUUACAUAAUAAAUAAAAAAGUCCGCCGUUUGUUUUAUCUGUGUUGUACUCGGGUUAUUUAUAUCUGUCGGUUUAUAAAUAAGCCCGGGUUAAAAUUAACGCGCGAGCUGUCCGCAGUCUUCGUUCCAAACUCAACGGAAAAACGUCACCGCAACGCAAUAUUCCACCCGAUUAAUUAAUACAAUAAAUAUGAUGAAGGUUUGUAAUGUGCGAGGCGUGUGAUCGCCGAUCAGCCUUGCCGCAACCAAAAUUGGAGACUGUGCGUGGUGACCGUUUUAAUUGGUACCGCCUCGAGAACUAAUCAGUCAGUGCGCGGCAAAUCGACCGAACGAUGUCGCAGUUGAAACGCACCCCGGGCAACCCGACCCCGGUGGUGAUGCGGGAACGCAGCUUCGUACGUCCCAACCGCGACCCGCAGAAGAGGAGGUCCCAAACGAUGGCCACGAUCAAGACCAAGCCCACGAUGGAGAUAUACAGGCCGCCCAACGUGAGAACGGACAUGCCAAACGUGCCCGGCAAGUUAAACGUCCACGCCAAGGAGUUCACGAUGAGUCACGAGCUGCAACCGUCCAAGUCCAGCGGCAACCUCCACGGACUCAUGGCCUACGAACCGAUGCCGUUGCAGCACAGCAAGUCCAGCGGCAACAUACUGCGUCACGUCAAUCAUCCCGGUCUGAUACCGAUACUGCCGGCCGGCAUGCCGAUACCAUUGUUACACUCUGCGUCAUCCAAUCAACUGUUGAAUCACAUGCCUCGGCCCGGCUUCCAGUACGCCCCUGAGUUGCUGGCGCAUCCUGUGUUCACCGGCCACAAUCAGCCGGUCCAUUACGCCAACUGGAACAACAACCACCACCAAACCCAGAGCCAGUCGCUGAAGCGUUCCAAGAGUUUGGGCGCCGCCGACUCGCAGAACCUCGCCAUCAAGCUGAAGUCGCUGCCCAAAGAAGACAUGGACCUGUCCAUCUUCGCCAAGGAGGACCAGGAGCAUCUCAAGCAGGCCAUGGAGGACCCGAACCAACUGCCCUCCCGCACCCUAAUGGAUCUGGUCAAAAUCAUCAUGGAGAAAGUGGUGGAAGGCAUCAAGUACUGCGAACCCAUCGCCAAGCUGUGCGUCUCCAUCAUAGAGAACGAAAAGAACCAAACCUUCCUCGAAUCCCUGCUCAACAUGUGCCAACAGUGGUACCAGGAACGCGACAAGAUCCUGCGGGGCAUCAAGGCGGGCGACGGCACCCGUUUCACCGCCUUCAUGUGGUUCCUGACCGAGAUCUGCAGCCAAAUAAAACGUCACCAGCUCAAGGACCACUUCGAGUCCCUCCAGCCAGACCUGGUACUACUGUCGGUGUUGGCCAAGUGUUGCCAGGCCUGCGUGAGCCUGCCCAUCAAGUGCCUGAGCGAGACCGAGUGUCUGUUCUUUGUGCUCACCUCCAUCGGCAGGGAUCUGGAGACGGAGCUGCCGCAGCAGUUGGAACAGCUGCUGGCCAGUGUGAGGGACGGGUUCUUGAACAGUGCGGGGGCGCCGGCGGUGCGUCGCACGCUCCUGCAGCUGAUCGAGCUACACGCCUCCAACUGGCAGCUGCCCGGCUCGUCGGUGUUGUACUACUAUCCGAGGAUCAAGUGACCGGUUGGUGCGGCUCGGUGGGACGGUUACAGGGUGGACCAACUGAUUUAUUUUUUUUUUGUUUGUUUUUUUUAUACGACUGUUAUUGUAACUUAGUCAGUGCAUAUGUCGCUUUGAUGGACGGGAUUGGUUUUAGUGGUGGUGUGCGCUUCGUCAUUUUUAUUGGGAAUUUCGUCACAUUUUUUUUCCUUUACCGAAUAAAAUAAACAGCGCGUGAUGUAAAUAUUUGCUAACUAAGUUUGUCUAACACAUAUAUCGGGACUAUUUUUAGAAAUUGCAUUGAGUGAAAAUUGUCACUAGUUUUGAAAUUAGUCAGAAUUAAAAUUCAGCCGCCGUCAAAUUGGAUUUCCUUAUUAAGUAGCAAGGACCUAAUGUUAAACAAUAAUAUUUAUGUGUUUGUAUGUAAAUUUAAAGCGACAUUUGCUCCAUAAUAAUAUAAUUUAUUUAAGUAUAUAUACACUGAAUUGUAUUUUGUUUUUACUGAUAUUUUAUUGAAUAAACUGUUUACCUAUAAA